AUUAGCCCUGACAAGAUGGAAGAAGGAAAAGUCAAAUGCCUUUAAAAUUGAUUGUAUUUUUCAAGGUUUGUUGACUUUCACUGUGCAGAACAACAUCAGUGCAGACACAGUUUGAUAUUUUUGUCACAUUCAUUUCUGUUUCUCUGUGCUCUGAAUUCAGGGGUGGAUCUACCAGCAGGACUUGUGACAUUAUAACAGGUUUGGAGCCAAUCAGGGACUAGAUAGAAGCAUUUAAUGGCAUGAUGUGGAACACACAUUGAGGGUGGACUUUUUAGUAGCAGAAAACCAGUAACUGAAAGGAGAUCACAGCAGGUAAUACAUUUUUCAGGAUAGACUGCCAAUCUGACGAAUCAUUACUGAGGCCGCUGAACUUUUUGGUGGAAGAACUUUACUGGACUCAAAUUGUUUGUCCAUGAAACUGUUUUAUAACAUGACAGAAGAGGAGCUUUAAAGAUCUUGAUGUAGGGAUCCUGCACACUCUGACGAUCCCCCAUAACUUGACAGUAGGAUCCAGACUGUCAAGGCAAAGGGGGAACCUGGGGAUCAAACAGGAAGUCCGCAAAACCCAGGAAUUCUUCAGAACUCCUCAGAGGACCAAUGGGGACCUUGCGGGACCUUCAGUAUGCCCUGCAGGAGAAAAUCGAGGAGCUGCGGCAGCGUGACGCCCUGAUUGACGAGCUGGAGCUAGAGUUAGAUCAGAAGGAUGAGCUGAUCCAGAGACUGCAGAACGAACUGGACAAGUACCGGUCCGUCAUCCGGCCCGCCACAGCCCAGCAGGUCCAAGCCCAUCAGCAGAGCCUGGCCCUGCAGCCAGACCAGCACCGCAGCAAGAGGCAGGCCAUCUCUGCCGAACCCACCGCCUGUGACAUCACUGACCUGAGCCACGUGACCCUGCCCUUCUACCCCAAGAGCCCAGAGUCGAAGGAGCUGAUAAAGGAUGCCAUACUGGACAAUGACUUCAUGAAGAACCUGGAGCUCUCUCAGAUCCAGGAGAUCGUUGACUGCAUGUAUCCGGUGGAUUAUGGGAAAGACGCUUGCAUCAUCAAAGAAGGGGACGUCGGCUCCCUGGUCUUUGUGAUGGAAGAGGGGAAGGUGGAGGUGACGAAGGAGGGGAUGAAGCUGUGUACGAUGGGACCCGGGAAAGUGUUUGGAGAGCUGGCCAUCCUCUACAACUGCACCAGGACGGCCACUGUCAGGACUCUCAUCCAUGUGAAGCUGUGGGCAAUCGACCGGCAGUGUUUCCAGACCAUCAUGAUGAGGACCGGACUCAUUAAACAUGCAGAGUACAUGGAUUUCCUCAAAAGUGUCCCCACUUUUCAGAGUCUCCCAGAAGAAACUCUCAGUAAACUGGCUGACGUCAUGGAAGAGACCCAUUAUGACGAUGGAGAUUUCAUCAUCAGACAAGGAGCCAGAGGAGACACCUUCUUCAUCAUCAGCAAAGGAACGGUUAACGUAACCCAGGAGGAUUCAGCCAAUCAGGAGCCGGUAUACCUCAGAGAGCUCGGGAGGGGAGACUGGUUUGGUGAGAGAGCGCUACAGGGGGAGGAUGUCAGAACAGCCAAUGUGGUCGCAGCCGGCGCCGUCACCUGUCUGGUCAUCGACCGAGACUCCUUCAAACAUCUGAUUGGUGGAUUGGAAGACGUUUCCAAUAAAGGCUACGAGGACGCUGAACUGAAAGCCAAGUAUGAGGCGGAGAAUGCCUUCUUCUCCAGUCUGAAGCUGACCGACUUCAACAUCAUUGACACACUUGGAGUUGGAGGCUUUGGACGAGUCGAGCUGGUCCAGCUUAAGAACGAGGAGGCGAAGACGUUUGCCAUGAAGAUCUUGAAGAAGCGUCACAUUGUCGACACGAGACAACAGGAGCACAUCCGCUCAGAGAAACACAUCAUGACCGAGGCGCACUGCGACUUUGUCGUCAGGUUGUAUCGAACCUUUAAGGACAGUAAAUAUCUGUACAUGCUGAUGGAGGCCUGUCUGGGUGGAGAAGUGUGGACGCUCCUCAGAGACAGAGGUUCGUUUGAAGAUUCGACCACCAGGUUUUACACAGGCUGUGUGGUCGAAGCCUUCGCCUACCUGCACGCCAAAGGCAUCAUUUACAGAGACCUGAAACCUGAAAACCUCAUCCUGGACAGCCGCGGAUACGCCAAACUGGUGGACUUCGGUUUUGCUAAGAAGAUCGGUUUUUGCAAGAAGACAUGGACGUUCUGUGGGACGCCAGAGUACGUUGCUCCAGAGAUCAUUCUGAACAAGGGUCAUGAUGUCUCUGCAGACUACUGGUCUCUGGGCAUCCUGAUGUACGAGCUGCUGACCGGCAGCCCUCCGUUUUCAGGUCCUGACCCGAUGAAAACCUACAACGUCAUCCUGAGAGGCAUCGACAUGAUCGAGUUCCCAAAGAAGAUCACCAAAAACGCAGCCAGCCUCAUCAAGAAGCUCUGCAGAGAUAAUCCAUCAGAAAGACUUGGAAACCUGAAAAAUGGAGUCAAAGACAUCCAGAAGCACAAGUGGUUUGAAGGUUUUAACUGGGAGGGUCUGAAGAAAGGAACUCUGACUCCGCCCAUCAUACCUGGCGUUUCCUCUCCCAUUGACACGAGUAACUUCGACAGUUUUCCCGAAGACACUGAUGAGCCACCGCCAGACGACAACUCCGGCUGGGACUACGACUUCUAAGAUCCCAUCAAUCUGCUGGCAUCCAAACCCUGACACAGCGUAUGUUGAGGCUUUGUGGCCCAGAUCUGAGAAGCAGAAGGUUCCUGAACAUGUUGGACAUCUGCGCGUCGGUGGAGUUUCCCACCUGAAGCACCUUAUGUGACUGUGUGAUGUCUGAGCAGGACUGGACCCCAUUGGAAUCCAUCUCCAGAGCUUUUGUAGCCAGAUUGUGUUUACACGUGAUGAGCAGAAGGCAGCUGGUGGAGAACUGGACUGGACUAGAGGUCUGAUCAACUGGUCUGGGAUGUUUCACUUAGUUCCCUUAAAAUCUGACCUCUGAGGGCUGCAGAGCCUCAGUGGCCCCUGCAGGACCCAGGUUAUUCAGUUUCACCUCUGUCCUGGAAUUAUGCACCGUUAAAGCACAAUUCAGAAACGAUCUGAGGCUAAAACUGCAUUUUUGGGAUUGUGCUGAGAUGGUGCAUAUUCACUGAAAACCUGAAGCAGGGCUCUGUACAGGAGUAGAGAUACUGGAGCGACUGAGCAACUAUAAAACCAUGUAAUUACAUCAUGAUAUCUGUCUAUAUAUGGUCAUAGAUGAGGAAAUGACAGAAUGAGGAGGAAAGGAAUAUUAUCCACCUGGUUAGCUAAAGGUUAUAAUUUCCUAAAUAUCCCUUCAUGGCCAAAGCAUCUACUGAUCUAAAAGUUUAAUAAUUUUUGAGAAACUGAUCCUAUCAAUAGACUUAACCCCUCACUGCCCAAAUUUAUUUGCAAUAUUUUUUUAAAAAAAUAUUAUUUGUGUUAAAUUAAGUGGAGAUUGCUUAUUUAAAUAUAGUACAUACAAUAGACGCAUUAUAUAACUUUAACUAUGAGGCAAAUUAGUGACAUUAGGCAUAUUUGGCAUAGUAUUCAUUAAAUAAUUGUAUUGAUGCUGCUAUUGAUCGGUUCUUCCAAUCAACAAUCCAAACAAAACAAAAUAAUCCAAAGAUGAGUAGAGUGUCCAGAAAUUAAUAACACCGCUGCAUUCAGACUGGAAGCAGUUUCACAUCAAGGAGUUAAUUAAUUCAGGUAAAAUGCAGUUUUUCAGCAGCAUCAAAUUUGACCCAUUUGGACAUUUAAAGACUCUACGGUAUAG